UGUUGGAUCGCAAUAAAAUAGGGACGUUUGCACCUUAAACUAAAGUAAAUUUUAAUAGUUUAGUUUACUUCCCGUACCCGCAGAGGUCACGAUCUUUGCAACCAUGUCGCUAUCGAGUGUGCUUCCGGCCCCAAGCAAUCCGGUGUGGGAUCGGGACGAUGAGCGCAAAAUGAAAACACCGUCGAUGGGUGCGUUGGUAACCGCGAAGGUUGCAGCACCACCAUACGGUCAGCGCAAGGGAUGGAUUCCUCGAACAGAGGCCGAUUUUGGGGACGGCGGAGCAUUCCCCGAGAUUCACGUGGCACAGUAUCCACUGGCCAUGGCAGCUCCCGGAAAUGCGUCGAAGAAAUCGAAUGCCCUUGCCGUCCAACUGGACCAGACAGGAAAAGUAAAGUACGAUGCGAUCGCGCGACAGGGCCACUCGAAGGAUAAGAUCGUCUAUUCAAACAUCAACCAAUUGCUGCCGGCCGAGGUACUGGCCGAGGACUCGGAAGAGUUGCAGCUACCGGAUGAGGAAACAAUCAGCGACAUCACGGAAAGUACACGGAAGGCGCUGGAGAAGCUGACCAAUCAGAAGAUCGUCUCAGCGAUGCCCGUUCGGGCCGCUGAGAAGCAAGCACCGGCUCAGUACAUCCGCUAUACGCCCUCCCAGCAGGGUGAUGCGUUCAAUUCCGGUGCAAAGCAGCGGAUCAUACGCAUGGUUGAGGCCCAGGUUGAUCCGAUGGAACCGCCUCGGUUUCGAAUCAACAAGAAGAUUCCCCGUGGACCACCGUCCCCGCCUGCGCCGGUACUGCAUUCGCCGACUCGCAAGGUGACGGUGAAGGAGCAAAAAGAGUGGAAAGUACCGCCCUGCAUAUCGAACUGGAAGAACGCCAAAGGGUACACCAUUCCACUCGACAAGCGCCUGGCAGCGGACGGGCGCGGUUUGCAGCAGGUGCAUAUUAAUGAAAAGUUUGCCAAAAUGGCCGAAGCAUUGUACAUUGCCGAUCGGAAAGCUCGCGAGGCAGUCGAAGCGCGCGCACAGCUGGAAAAGAAGCUGGCCCAAAAGGAGAAGGAAAAGAAAGAGGAUAUGCUUCGGCAGAUGGCACAACGUGCACGUGACGAGCGUGCCGGUAUUCGCCAUCCCGAUGCUGCCGGCGGGGAUGGAGGUGGCGGGCCCGGCGCAACUUCGGCUGAGCUGCGCGAACGUGACGAAAUACGUGCCGAGCGACACCGAGAACGGGCACGCGAUCGCAAUUUGGCUCGCGCUGCGCCAGAAAAACGCUCGAAGCUGCAACGUGAACGCGAGCGGGACAUUUCCGAGCAGAUUGCGCUGGGAAUGCCGGCGAAAAGCAAUAUUGCUGGCGAAGCACAGUUCGAUCAGCGGUUGUUCAACACAUCGAAGGGCAUGGAUUCGGGCUACGGUGACGAUGAGGCGUACAACGUGUACGAUAAGCCUUGGCGCGAAUCGGGCACACUCGGGCAGCACCUGUAUCGUCCGAGUAAAGCACUGGACAACGAAAAUUAUGGUGCAGAUUUAGAGAAGAUCGUAAGCACAAACCGUUUUGUGCCGGAUAAGGAAUUCAGCGGCACGGAUCGUAGCACUCAGAAUGUGCGGCAAGGACCGGUGCAGUUCGAAAAGGAGGAAGAUCCGUUCGGUUUAGAUCAGUUCUUAACGAUGGCGAAGAAGGCACCGAAGCGGAAGGAAGAUUCGUCGUCCGCACCUAGCGGCAGUGGGAGCAGCAGUCGUGACAAGGAUCGCAAGAAGCGUAGAGACUAGAUGUGGAGCAUUUCCCAAUGAACCGGCUGGACAUGUGGUAGAGCAUGCAUCAUUUUUAUUUUCAAACCUCACUUCAGACAUAAAGCUUUUCAUACUCUAGGAAACCUAUUCCUCUUGAUAGACUAAAGGAUCAACAAAAAAAAGAUAAU